AUGAACGCAAUGACCUUUGAAAUGUUUGUUGAGCUAAAUCAGAUUGUAAAUAAGAUUUUGGAUUAAAAAGAAAAAGAGGUCAGAGUAAUUAUAUUAACUCACAAUGGCAAACAUUUCACUGCAGGACUUGAUAUAUCUUCAGCUGCAAUAAUAAUGAAGAAGGAUGAUGAGAAGACAGAUGAUGUUGAUUGUGCUAGAGUAGCCCUAGGUACUCAGAAAUCAGUAAGAAUUCUUUAAGAAUCUGCUAGUGCUGCUGAAAAAGCUAGAGUGCCUGUCAUAUGUGCAAUGAGUGGCUUCGUCAUCGGUGCAGGUAUUGACAUAUCAUCCGCUUGCGAUAUAAGAAUUUGCUCUAAGGAUGCUAAAUUCACUAUUAAGGAAGUUGAUAUUGGAAUAUGUGCAGACUUAGGUACCAUCUAAAGAUUCUAAAAGAUUAUUGGAAAUGAUAGCUUCUUCAGAGAAUUAGCAUACACCGGUAGAUAUUUCGAUGCCAAAGAAGCACUUUAACAGGGAUUUGUAAGUUAUGUGGAAGAAAAUCAAGAGGCUUGUUUCAAGAAAGCUUAUGAUUUAGCUUCUUAAAUCGCUAGUAAAUCUCCCGUUGCAGUAGCUACAAUCAAGCAAAACAUAGUAUAUAGCAGAGAUAAUCCAGUUGAAAUGGGUCUUUAACAUGUGUUACUUCUUAAUAUGUCAAUGCUAUAGACCAAAGACACUUAGAGAGCAGUAAUGGCUAAUUUCUCAAAGUCAAAGGCAGAGUUUCCAAAGCUCUGA